AUGGCGGCUGAAGAGAACUGGCAGACGAAACUAUCAACUAUUGUAGAGAAAACCGCGUUUAUGUUUAACAACGAGUUACUCAGCGAUGUAAAAUUUGUUGUUUCACUCUCGAAUGGCAGAAGUGAAAGUAAGAAGGCGAUCCCAGCUCACAAGUUUGUGCUCGCCAUUAAUAGUCCUGUGUUCUUCGCCAUGUUCUAUGGUCGUAUGGCGGAGACUAAAGACUCUAUUGAACUGCCUGACUGUGAGUACGAGAGUCUGUUGGAGUUAUUUCGUUUCUUGUACAGCGACAAAGUAAAUUUAAGCGGAAAUAACGUGAUGCAAGUGUUGUACUUAGCGAACAAGUACAUAGUACCCUCACUCGCUAAGAAAUGUACAGAAUAUCUUCGAGACAACCUGAAAGCAUCGAAUGUGUUUUUAAUUCUGCCGCACGCACAGAUAUUUGAAGAUAAAGAUUUGAAAGAUCGAUGCUGGAAAGUGAUUGAAGAGCAGACAGAAGAAGCUGUGACUUCAGACGAAUUUGUUGCAGUUGAGCGAUCUGUUGUUGAAUCUGUUGUAAAGAGAGAAGUGUUGAAUGUGAGGGAAGUGGAGCUGUUCAAAGCUGUUGAUCGUUGGGCCAUAAAAGAAUGUGAAAGGCAAGGGAUGACCUCCGAUGGAAGGACAAAGAGACGAAUUCUUGGAGAAGAUAUUGUUAACGGAAUACGGUUUCCGUUGAUGGAAGAGAAAGAUUUUGCAUCUGUCGUAUUUGACUCUCAUCUCUUGAAUCAUGAAGAGUUCUGCAACUUGAUAAAACACUACAACAAUGUUUUGAAUAAUCCUUUACCGUUCGUGCAAGCCUGUAGAGGUAUUUUCUCUAAGCAACGAUGUCAGAGGUUUAAGACGUUUCUCUCAGGCUGGAUUUAUGAUUACAACGGCCCUGACUGUAUCCUUCUCACCGUCAACAAACCUAUUAUUUUACACGGAGUUCAACAUUUUGGCUCCGAACGCGAAAAGUAUACAGUUAAGACAGACAUUAUUGAUCCCCUUGACAACAAUUUGCUUGUGAGUCGAGGAGGAAAUUAUGUCUCAAAGAGAAGCGAUAUUGGUGCUUAUUACUGCUUUGAUGUGUUGUUCGAUCGUCCAAUUAUUUUGAAGGCAAAUAAAGAGUAUAAGAUAAAGUCUAUCAUCAAGGGCCCUACGUCAUGGUAUGGCAAAGAUGGGCAAACAUCAGUGAAGUGCCAGGGAGUGCGAUUUACAUUUCGUUGUUCGGCAGAAAACUCUAAUGGAACCGAUAUAGAAAGAGGACAGUUUCCUGAAAUUUUGUUUUCAGUUCCCAGGUAA